AUGUCCGGCCAGCCUCCGCCGCCGCCGUCACCGGCGAUGCCGUCGCAGCCGCAGCCGUUUCGCUUCUGGCUCCCGUAUAGGAGCAAUGUGGCGUCAUCCUCUCGGCAGCAACCGCGGCCAUCGUCAGGGACGGCGCCGGCGCCGCCGCCACCAACUCCGGCAGAUCGUCCGCCGAGAGCGUCACCGGCGCCGGCGCGGGCAAUGGGGGAAGAUAUCUCUGUCCAUGGUGAGUCGUCCGAUGAAUCGGACACGAUCCCUGUCCAGAGCGUGGACUCGCCGCGGUGGCGCGGAGCUAGGCGGCGGCCGUCCGUGCCGGACAUGGAGCUGACGCUCUCGAGGUCGCCACGCGCCGGCGAGGAACGGACCCCGCGCGCCGGCGGCGAAGGCGGCGAAGGCAACGACACCAAGAUCUCCAUCUCCGGGUUCCCGAGGUCGCGCCUGUUCGACGGCGCGCGCGCGCCGUACCGGCGGGAGAUCGAGGACGGGCUCAAGAGCCUUGCCACCCGCGGCCGCGAGGCGCCGGCGGCGAGCGCGGACGGCGUCCAGGGGUACCGCGUCAUCACGCUGGCCGGCCACAACGUCGGCGCGAGCAUGGUUCUCGGCGGCGGCGGCGGCGGCGGCGGCGGCAGGGAGCACGGCCCGUCGCCGACAGCCGCCGAGGCGGAGGGCUCGGCGCGGCCUGCGCCGGCGGUGGCCGCGAACGUGAACAGCAACGUGCAGAGCGUGAACAACUCGUCCAUGGAGGCGAGCACGUGCAACGCCGGCGACCCCGGCGUGCGCGUCGACAUCAAGAACGCGCGCGACGAGCCGGUCCUGGUGGCGCCGCCGAAAAAGCAGCAGGAAGAAGAGGAGCCCAAGGAGCCGGUGCCGGUGCGGAGGCCGCCGAUCGCCGUGCCAGCAGCGCCGCAGCCGGAGAACCGCGUGGCGCCGCCGCCGCCGCCGCCGAGGGCGAGGCGGUGCCUGCGCGCGCUGAUGAUGGAGAGCGGGAGCGACACGGAGGCGGCACCGAAGCCGAAGACGAAGCCAAAGCCGAAGCCGAGCUCGUGCCGGUUCCAGCUAACAGCACUAAGAUCAAAUGAUCAUUGA